CUAGUUUAGAAGUGUAAAUAUGGUGAGAAUAUCAAGUACAGGAGAUAUAUUACCAGAUGAUAAUAAAUCUAACGCAAAUACCAGUAGUAAUAACUCAGGUGGUGCACAGAGAAGACAGGGGGCAGUUCGUCAUGAAAAUUAUAAUCAACAGGAACAGGCAGCAAUGCAAGGAGAGGGAGGUGGAAUUUCAGUAUUUGAAGCCUUCAACCAGAGACUAUUAGCUUUGGGAAUUCCUAGGUGGAAUGCAGGAUCCUAUGUGAUAGAACCUAUUGUAUCUGUGGCAUUUCUAUUAGCAGGACUCUUCUUAGGACUUCCAGGAAUAAUAAUGGGACUGGUGUUGUUUGCUGUGGUGAAAUUAAGCCAAAGUGGUGGCAUUCCUGGAAUGGAUUAUCUGUUUGGACUUGGACGAAAUCAGGGUACUAAUAAUAGACCUAAUAGAGGAAACAAUGAUCGUAGACCAAGAGGUGGUGGGGGGCACAGAUUGGGAAGUUCAUAAAAUUGAAACAAAAUAAUACUAUUUUUACUUCAUUUCUGGCAUUAAAAAAAAUAUUUAUAAAUUUGCAAACCAUUUGUUUUCAUAUUUCUACUUGGGGAAGGGGUGGCCUCAAAAGACAUAUCAAAUGAUCACCUUGACAAAAUAAAUGCCAACCAUAAUUUUUCUUUUUUGCACACCAGAAGCAAUGCUGAUGAGAAUAACAGUCUGAAUAUUAAGACUGUUGUCAUAUUUCCCUUGAAUGCAGACAAACUGGAUGAGAACACUUGAAAGCGUCAUAUCACAAAAUUUAUUGUUAAGUCCAUAU